CUCGCCCCCUCCGCUCGUGCCGCCGGAAGUGGGAGGUGUCGCGCGCGGGCCGGCGCUCGACCCCUCCCCCGUGGCUCGGCCGCCCCCUCCCCCCGCUCCGCCCGCUCAGAGCGCGAUGGCAGCAUCUGAGGUGGCUGGUGUUGUGGCCAAUGCCUCCAAUCCGCCGGAAUCCUCUUCUAUUUUAUGUGCUUCCAAAUCAGAAGAAAGUCUCCCAGAUGGUCUAAGCCCCAAAGACCCAGCGCAGAAGCAGAAGAACUCACCUCCAUCGAGUGUAAGUAGCCAAACGAUAACCAAGGAGAAUAACAGAAAUGUCCAUUUGGAACACCCAGAGCAGAAUCCUGGUUCAUCAGCGGGUGACACUUCAGCAGCGCAUCAGGAGGUUUUAGGAGAAAACUUGAUAGCCACAGCCCUGUGUCUUUCUGGCAGUGGGUCUCAGUCUGAUUUGAAGGACUUGGCCAGCACAGCAGGAGAGGAGGGGGACACAAGCCUCCAGGAGAGCCUCCAUCCAGUCACUCGGUCUCUUAAGGCAGGGUGCCAUACAAAGCAGCUUGCCUCCGGGAAUUGCUCUGAAGAGAAAUCCCCACAAGCCUCCAUCCCAAAGGAAGGUAGCAGGGACACAGGCUUGGAUUUCCGACCUGUAGUGCCUCCAGCAAAUGGGGUUGAAGGAGUCAGAGUGGAUCAGGAUGAUGAUCAGGAUAGCUCUUCCCUGAAGCUUUCUCAGAACAUUGCUGUACAGACUGAUUUUAAGACAGCAGAUUCAGAGGUGAACACAGAUCAAGAUAUUGAAAAGAAUCUGGACAAAAUGAUGACAGAGAGAACCCUAUUGAAAGAACGUUACCAGGAAGUCCUGGACAAGCAGAGGCAGGUGGAGAAUCAACUCCAAGUGCAAUUAAAGCAACUUCAGCAGAGGAGAGAAGAAGAAAUGAAGAAUCACCAGGAGAUAUUAAAGGCUAUACAGGAUGUGACAAUAAAGCGAGAAGAAACAAAAAAGAAGAUAGAGAAAGAAAAGAAGGAGUUUUUGCAGAAGGAGCAGGAUCUGAAAGCUGAAAUUGAGAAGCUGUGUGAGAAGGGCAGAAGAGAGGUGUGGGAAAUGGAACUGGAUAGACUCAAGAAUCAGGAUGGUGAAAUAAAUCGGAACAUUAUGGAAGAGACAGAGCGGGCCUGGAAGGCAGAGAUCUUAUCACUAGAAAGCCGGAAAGAGUUGCUGGUAUUGAAAUUAGAAGAAGCAGAAAAAGAAGCAGAACUGCACCUUACUUACCUCAAGUCAACUCCCCCAACACUGGAGACAGUUCGUUCCAAGCAGGAGUGGGAAACUAGACUAAAUGGAGUUCGGAUAAUGAAAAAGAAUGUUCGGGACCAGUUUAACAGUCAUAUCCAGCUAGUGAGGAAUGGAGCCAAGCUGAGCAGCCUUCCUCAAAUUCCUACCCCAACUUUGCCUCCACCCCCAUCAGAGACAGACUUCAUGCUUCAAGUAUUUCAACCCAGUCCCUCUCUGGCUCCUCGGAUGCCCUUCUCCAUUGGGCAGGUCACAAUGCCCAUGGUUAUGCCCAGUGCAGAUCCCCGUUCCUUAUCUUUCCCAAUCCUGAACCCCACCCUUUCCCAGUCUAACCAGCCUUCCCCACCCCUUCCUGGCUCCCAUGGGAGAAAUAGCCCUGGCUUGGGUUCCCUUGUUGGCCCCCAUGGUCCACACAUGCCCCCUGCCGCCUCCAUCCCGCCUCCCCCAGGCUUGGGCGGUGUUAAGGCUUCUACUGAAACUCCCCGGCCCCAACCAGUAGACAAACUGGAGAAGAUCUUGGAGAAGCUGCUGACUCGGUUCCCACAGUGCAAUAAGGCCCAGAUGACCAACAUUCUUCAGCAAAUCAAGACAGCACGUACCACCAUGGCAGGCUUGACCAUGGAGGAACUGAUCCAGUUGGUAGCUGCACGACUGGCCGAACAUGAGAGGGUGGCAGCAAGCACUCAGCCACUUGGUCGGAUCCGGGCCUUGUACCCUGCUCCGCUGGCCCAAAUCAGUACCCCAAUGUUCUUGCCUUCUGCCCAAGUUUCAUAUCCUGGGAGGUCUUCACAUGCUCCCGCUACCUGUAAGCUGUGUCUGAUGUGCCAGAAACUUGUCCAGCCCAGUGAGCUGCAUCCAAUGGCAUGUACCCAUGUGUUGCACAAGGAGUGUAUCAAAUUCUGGGCCCAGACCAACACAAAUGACACUUGUCCCUUUUGUCCAACUCUUAAAUGAUGGACCUGACUGGGGAGGAAGAAGAGGAAAACUGAUGUGAACAGGAAGCGCGGGUUCAAGAUUUCUAAAACUCUAUAUUUAUACAGUGACAUAUACUCAUGCCAUGUACAUUUUUAUUAUAUAGGUAAUGUGUGUAUAGAAAGUCUGUAUUCAAAUGUUCGUAAAUGAAAGUAUGUAUAUUAUGCAGAAACAGUUCGUUCCCCCUCAUCUUGCAGUUCUUUUGGGGGUUACAGAUUAUAGGGAAGAUGAUGUUUAAUUUGGCCUUGAAAUGUGAUAUCCUUGCCUGGGGCUGUUAUCAAAUACAUCUAGGAAGCUGCUGUUGCUCUGAGGCCAUCCUGCUUGGGUUUGGCUCAGCCUGUAGUUCAUUUCCUUAAGGCUCAUGUAUGCAGAUUUGAAGCCUGGUGCUCACCUGCUGUCCAACCAGAUGCCUUGCUUACUGAGAGCCUUUGCAAGCCUCAGUGUUGUUCUAGUCAGUCCACUUCAAAUGAGUGAAAUGAGACUCUCUGAUUGAGGUAAAAAAUGUAACCCUAAUAGUUUGACUCUUCAUUGAAUAUUUUACUGUGUUAAUGCUCAUUAUUUAUACAUAGACAUUAGGUUUACAGAAUAUUCUGUUUUACAUCAGCAAAAUUCACAGUCCAAGAAUAACAACCACAUAACCAAGUCCCAUUUCCCCUGCCAGCUUCUGUCCAACCUAUUUUCUGGAUAGAAAUUAGCACAACCCACAGGUUUUUCAUGGGGUAAGCCAUCCCUGGCUACCAUUGGCUUGGCUUCUAGUCUAGUUCUGACAGGCCACCUUGUAAAGUCCUCACCCCUUCCAUUUCACUCUGGUCUCCUAGUCUAGCUAACCCCCCUCCCCCCCGAAGGUUAAGGCAGUUGGUUCACAACCAAGUUGUUUGGUGACCUUGGGUGAGCUCCAGACAGGCACUGGGGUGAGGAGGUGUCUGUGCAAAAUUACUUGCAGAAUGAUCUUGGGAUGCUGGAUUUUAAUUUCCAAAGCAAGAAAAGUAUGGGGGAUGUGUUUCCUGUCCUGGGAAAAAUGGAGACCAAAGUGAUAUGAAGAAGGGAGGUGGGAUUUCACAUUUAUAAAUCAUUUGUUCUGUGAAUAGCUAUCUGGAACAAGAUCAUUUUUCCACCUCUGCUUACUGAGCACUUCUGGCUUUUAGGUUUUAUACCUGGGAAGGCUGUGACUCUCUUAGAGCUUUGAAUCUUUUCCUAUCCUUUUAUCUUUAUUCCUUCAGGAAAUGGCUUUUGCUCCCUUCUCUUUUAGAGUUAAGCAAGUAAAAACUGAGUGUUAAUCCAAAAAAAAAAAAAAAAAGUCUCCAAAGGAAAGACAUCAUUAUAUUACUGGCAACUGAUUUUUCCUGUUGUGGAACCUGGAAAUGUCUAGCAAUAUGUGCCAGGGUGGCAAAGAUGUUUCCUUUAGGAUCCAACUAAAUGCUCUCGUCUUGUUACCAUUUUCCUUUUUUGUCUUUCAUUCUCACCUAUUAGCUCAUGGAUGAAUUCUUCCUCUUUUCUCUUGCCUUAUUUGCCCAGGUUUAAAGACCAGCAUCAGUGUAAGAAGAUGAACUUGCUGGGAUCUUGUAGGGUGAUUUAAAUGGCCUGAGUACUCAACUCUUCAGAGGUCAGGUGACCUACUUUCUUUGCUUAAUAAAUAUUACUGCCUCCAGUUUGGUACUGACAUUACAGGAAAGGUGGCAAAAUGGAAGACCAGUUCCUUUUUGUUCUUUUCAUUUGGGAGGAUUAAGUUUUUAUCUUAUAAUCUUAAGAUUUUCUUUCCCCUCAACUUUUUAGCGGCCUUGGGCUACCUGUAAAAUCUUCUGGUGUCCCCAGAAAAUUUAGAAAUUAGAGAUGGGUGUAAGGGAUAUUCUUUCUUUUCCAAAAAAUCUUUUGAAGCCAAAGGAAUAGAGAGAGAAGAAAGGAGGAAUGAAUGGAUCAGGGGCUUAGCUGCUUUCCCAGUGAAAGCCCCUGGGAAGCCAACUCCAGCAGAGGGUGGUGGUUUCAGAGAGAGUUGUACAUGGUGGCUAGGGCCUCAUCAUUGCUUUUUUUGUCUUCUUUGUUCAGGGUCAAUCAGAAAGCAACACAUUAGUUUUGGCCACCCCUGUUCUCCCUUCUCCCUCUGCCCACUGGCUUGUAGUGGUAAAAACCGUGCAGACCAAAGGCAAAGGCCCCCAAUGCAGUGAAUGGAGAUGGGACAGUCAUUUUUCAGAAGUAGAAUUUAAAAAUAGAGCUGUAUAAUACAUAUUUUUACAAGCAAGAAACUGUUGUCGAGAUUUUUUUUUCACACUUAGAGUUCAUAGUUUCAGUAUAGUUAAAAGGAAGUAACUGUAAAAAGAAAAAUAAGUGCAAGUUUUCUCUUAAAAAAAAUAAUAGGACAGUGGGACUUACUAAUGAAUGGGUUAAGUUGUAUGCCCUGGAAAGAGCUGGGGAAAAGCCAGUUUCCCCAACAUGGGUGGAAAUUAUAAAGCAGAAUGUAGCAUUUUCAUUUCAUGGUAGCAGUUCUAGAAGUUUAUUUACACAGUAAGUUCUGAGCUGGAAGUGGACAGUCUCCAGUCUUCCUGUCAAGUCGUUAUAGGUGUGGAACGUUCCCAGUCAGCCAAAGCAGCACCAAGUGCAGUGGGAGUGAAGAGAACCCAGAUAAAAAAACUGUGACUCAGUAUUUUUGUUUUAUUGGUUUAUGGCUUGUGGACAACUGGCAGAGGCCAGCAACUCCAGAGGCCCUCCUUAUAUUUCCCUCUCCCUCAUCAAAUAAUUCUCUACUUGCUAGGUACCCUGCCUGGCAGCAGUGUGUAGACUGGAUAGGAUGCAGUGGGUAUACUGGGAAAACUCAGCUCUUCCCACUAACACUGGUAUCAUAGUCUAGUGUGUUAGAACUGAUAGGGAGAAAAUGAACUUGGUCCCCACUGCCUAACCCAAGAACCAGCCUGGGUACCCAUGGGAGUGGGGAGCAGAAAGCAGGAUAGGAGAAAGGACAGCCUCCAACACAGGAAAAGUGGUGAGGAAAAUAAGGAAGCCUGAGGCUGCCAUCCUUUCUCCAAGCAGCCUUGACAUCGAAGGCAGUGGCUUAGAGCCAGAAAGCCCUCGAUUGCUGACAGUCAUAGUAUAAUACUAGCCAGUGUGUGAAGUCUUAGCCAAAUAAGUAGAGGGGCCAUUAGAGAAGCAAAGGAAACAAUAAAACCACUCAGUAUUAAUCUAAUGAUCUUACCACUUCUUACAGCUAGACAGGAAGAAAUCUGGGCAGAGGUAUAAGGCAUCACUCCUAUACCUGUUGAAUGAAUCUUCAGGAUUCUGCUUUUAAGGAUUAGAUAGGAGAGGCCUUCUCUCUGUUCCUUUUAGCACCUCUGCUGCAAAGCUCCAGAGCAAUAGGGGCCUUGGGGAGGGAGUGAACCUGUGACCAGGAAGAUAAUGCCCAGCCUUGUUAAACUCCAGUUCCUCUCCCCUAGGGCACCUGGGGCUUUGGGGUUUGGGGUGUUUCACUACCACCUAUCAUACAUAGAGGAAAGGGGUCAGGAAGAGACAAGUGGAAUUAAGGUAGAAAUUAUUUUGUUAAGUGGAACUUCUUCAUGGGCACUUUUUAAUCAAGAGAGCUUUAAAAAGAGCUCUUUGGCUAGAUAAGCCCUUCUUCCCAUCUCACUUUUUGGUCAGGCUGUGACCACAGAAACAUUGAGAAAUGACAUCCGUCUCAGGAGAUGGGCUUCUGUCUUGGAGAUGAGGUCUAAAACUGGGACUGGCGAGUGGUUGUAUCUCUGCCUUUCCUAGCUGUGAUCCCAACUGCUGUACCCCCCCCUCCUUCUCCUCUUUCUGACCACUCCUCAUUUGUACAAAUAUUCCAUCUAAUUGUUUUUUGUUUAAUUCAAGAGGCAGUCUUUGCACCAGUGUUAGGCUUGUUUCUACAGUCCCUAUCUCUAAAGCAAUAGCAAACUGUGCAUCUUCUCCUGCUGACUUUGGCCAGCAGGGAAUGAGAUUGGCCCUUUCUCUGCCAGGGUACCACAGAGACACAUGCUGGGGUAACCUGGGUAUAAUGCCAGGACUUCUGGAAAUAAGGAAAGAAUACUUUGGGUUGGAUAAUCUAAAGGGAUGGUGGACAAAGGUUCAGGGCUGAAGUAAGUUUCAAGCAGCAGAAUUUCCCAUCUCGAGUUUAAGGUGAUCAAGGGUAUUCCUGCCACCAGAGUGCUUCUUUCUUCCCUCUUGUUUUCUACCAGUGCAAGCCCUGUAACCCACCUUGACAGCUUUUCCUUCUUUUUCUGCCAAGGCAGAGACAUUUGGUGGGUGGGUGAGGGUCCUGAGGUGCUCUGGCCAAAGGUGCCAUCUGAGUCUCCCGACUUGUGACCAAAAUGUGGUCCAGGGGAAUCUGUCUUCACCCACGGGCCUCCUCACUUUAGCAGGGAGAUGUCAUCAGCAAAGUCAUCAUGCUGAUGACGCAGGCAGCGGAGGCAGCGCCACUGACACACCAUGAGGCAGAGUGGCAGCAUGAAGAGGGCGCAGAUGGCAGCCAUGACAUAGGCUAUGGUCAUGAGGGUUGAUUCAUCUGUCUGUGGAAUGUUGUAACCACAGUCUUCCAUGUCUGGUGUGACAAAAGGUCCUUCCACCGCUGCCGUCCUGAACUCAUCGUGCACUGGAGAAAGGACAGAUGUGAAUGGGUAGCUCUUGUUGUCACAGAGCAGCUACAAAAGACCUGCUGAUAGUGACACCUUGAAACCAGCCUUGAAAUUAGUUCUCCCUCCUGGAGUUAUUUAGGAGCAGGUGGGAAAGUCAGGCCUGUCUCCCAGGCCCCUGCUUACCUAUCCACUAGGAAUGAUACCCCAAAAGUAGUAGUUUUGGGUUGACCAAAAAGCUAGCCUCUUACACCCCUAGCACACUUGCCUACUCUAUGAAAUCUCACUACAGAACCCUGCCGCCGUUCUGAAGUGGCAUUCAGCCUCACUGUGGGGCAGCUGACAGCCUACUGCCUGGCAUUUAAAGCUUCCCAAGGUGUUGAGGCAGCUCUUGCUGCUCUGGCUUUCCAACAGCUUACCAGUCUAGGCAGGGAGUCACCAGGGGAGACAAUCCAGAAAGCAACAACAACAAGAAAUCGUCCAUAAACACUGACACUAGUUUUCACACAACAUUUUGAUUUAGCUUGAGGUAUCUGUUAACUCCCUCCCAAAGUACAGGUGUCCUAACUGCUGACAGAAUAUGGACAGUGAUCCCACACCCUUGUUCCUGGUACUCUCACCAUGGCAAGCGCUGACAGCAAAGCCAAUUCGUUUCCGGGCCCGAUCAAAUACAACGUAGAAGCCCUCCAUGAUUACUGCUCCCAUAACAGUGCCGGUGGAUGACUGUGAGAUGGCAAACUUAUAACAGUCGUCCUGGGACGUGGCCACGUCUUCCACCGGCCGCAGGUAUUGCUAGGGUAAGCAAGCAAUCAAAGGUUAGAGGGUGUCUUCUUUGCUCUCUCCUUCCCCACAUCAUUGCCCUCUAGGUAUCUCUGCACUUAGCUCUUCCCUCUGCCAUCCCUGAGUGCUAAGGGGAUGGGUUUUUCCAAGAACCUUUUGUCACUGGACACUCAUUGGUUUUGUCUUCCAAGUAUAAAACCAUACCUGCUUUCCAUCUCCCAAUAUGUACUUUGUCCUCUUCCUCUGAUCCACCACCUCAGAUUGGGGACAUACCUGUGGAAGGAUGGUGAUGCGGAAGGACUGAUUGGUGACUUCACCCAUCAGGUAGAGUGAGAUGACAGGGAAAAUGUUCCAAGGGGUGGUGCCUGCUUGCCAGCAUACCAGUUGCUCCCCUAGCCAAAACCCAUCUGGAAACUUCUCUGUCUGUGUUAACAAGAAAUGAAUAACAGUGAGGAAUCGGCCUCUCCCGCUGUCCUUCCUCUCCCACUCUCUUUCCUGUUCCAUUUUCUUUCUUUCUUUUUUUUUUUUUUUAGAGAGAAAGAGAGAGAAUUUUAAUAUUUAUUGUUUAGUUUUCAGCGGACACAACAUCUUUAUUUGUAUGUGGUGCUGAGGAUCGAACCCGGGCCGCACGCAUGCCAGGCGAGCGCGCUACUGCUUGAGCCACAUCCCCAGACCCUCCUGUUCCAUUUUCAUAGGACAUUGACUGGGCCCUUUAUUUACUUCUCUAGGGAAAUAUCCAAGGUAGGGAAAGGUGAACUGCAACAAAGGUAAUCGAUUUGUACUGGAGGAUUGUAUCAAGAGCAACAGACCCAUAAAGGAGAGCAGUUGUUAAGAGCUCUAAGUGGAAAGAUCUAAAUGAGACAUCUUGACUCUUGCUGAGAAAUGCAACUCUCACUGACUUCCUCUGAAACUGUGACAUCUCUUAUACCCUGUUCUUAGUCCACUGACCGAGGAGGCAGCUUUGAUGGAUUUGACUGCAGCUUCAAAUACUUUCUUUGGCAGACGAAGGUUGGUGGUGCCACUGUCCACGAUGCUCUUAUCAUAGUUGUACUGAGAAGGAGAGGAAAGGGUUAGAAGAGUUUUUGAUGCCAGGCUCUGGGCAGAGUUGGAGAGGUGAGUUUGAUUGCUUGGAGCCUUGCCUGGGUUGGCAUCCUGGCUUUGCCACUUCAUGUAUGUACCUCCUUGAGCCAGUUACUUCUGUGCCUAAGUUUCCUCAUCUCGAAAAUGAGGAUAUUAACCUACCUCAGGAGUUAUUGUAAAGAUUAACUAAAUUAACUCACUGAAAACUCUUAGAAUGGUGCCCAGCAGACAGGAGGCAUUCAUUAAAUGUUGUACAAUUGCAGAUAUUCUCCAAUCUUAAAAAUAAUUUUGUUUAGUGCUUUUUAGUUUGUCAUAGUACUAAUUUACCAUACAUAAGAAUCUAGGGAAGGAGACCCAAAUGGUUUACCUAGCAUUUGUUGGGUACCGCCAGCCACUGAAGACACUUUCUUGACCUUCUCCAUGAUCUUUCGGAAAGUUGUUUUUACCUCUGUUUUGUAAGAUGAGAAAACUGAAAACACUGAAUAGUAACUAGCCUAAGGGCACAUAUCUAGUAAAUGGCAGAACCGGAUUCAGAUCCAGGUCUUUGGCUCCAAAGCUGGACUCUUCUAUUGUGGCAUAUGACACUGCCUUGCAAAUGGUUUGCCUGAGAUCAUAAAGCUGGCCAGUUAGUGAAAAGAGUCCAGACAGGGACUAGGUCCAUGCUCUUUUUAUCACUAGACCAUAAGCCCCAUGGUCUCUGUAAAAGUGCUGUGCCCAUCCCUGGCGCCUAACCUCAGGUCCUGCUCUGUGACCCUUAAGCUUCUGAUUUCUAGACCUAGCCUUCAACCUCUCCACAGGUCCCCUACCUUUGCCUCCUUGUUCCAACCUCAUAAUGAAAAGCCACCCCUUACUGUGGCAUCUAUCCCAUUCACCUCCCCUUGGCUGCCCCUUGGUUUCAUUACCUCCUUGCAGUCCAUUUUCAGAUCUUGUCCAUUGAUUUCCACCCGCACAAUGAUCACCUCAUAAUACCACUCCCGCCGGAUGGGAGUGUACCAGAGACUGCCCGUGUACAGUGAGUGGUCAAUACCCCCAAUGAUCUAGGAGAAGAAGAGGCAGGUAUCUGUGUCUCUGUCUGGAGGAAGAGCAAGCCACCCAGAAACCAAGCAAUAAGAUCAGGCAUUCCUUGGGGGUGGCAAAGCCCUCCACAGAUGACCUUUUUCAUUUUUCUGCUUCUAAUCAAAUCAUGCCCCAAAGCGAUUUAUAGUUUCUCAAGUGUGUUCAGGGAAAGAGACUUUUGCUAUAAAGUUAUUUAAACCUAAACUGGCAGAAUAAAUGUUGAAUGGAUUGAUUAUGUGCUUCAAUUAUGAGUUUUAUCUUCUCUGCUUGUUGGAGAACUAUUCACCAUUGUCCUAAUUAAUUAAUAAAUAGCUUAAACUGCA